GGUUUCAGGAAGUGCAGAAGUUGUUGUGAAGCUGACUGACAUCAACCUCGGAAUCGAAAGUAGGGCAUUUCGCAGUUUAGUGAUGGCUAAUCCCAGAGUAUCUUCCAUCGAUGGGAAGUUGGCAGAAGAAUUUGCCGUCCCCUGCCAUGUUGAUGAGGUUAAAGAGAAGAUGGCAGCUUUCGCCAGUCUACACGCUGCAGCGGGUCGCAGAGUGGUUCUCAUCACAUCAGGAGGAACCAAAGUUCCCCUAGAGUCCCGCACUGUCCGCUUCCUAGAUAACUUCAGCAGUGGCAGGCGAGGAGCCUCUUCAGCGGAGUAUUUCAUGGACUCAGGCUACGCAGUCAUCUUCCUGCACAGGCAUCGCUCCCUCUACCCCUACACACGGGUGUUCUCUACCAUUAACAUGCUGGAUGCCCUGAUGUUCAGAGGGGAAGAAGAAGCUUCCUCUGGUGAAGUGGUGGUUAACCAGCAGGUGCUUCCCAACAUUGCCAAAGCACUGAAGAGAUAUCAGGAAGUGAAAGAAAGCAACCUCCUUCUGCCAAUCGAGUUCAGCACUCUGUCAGAGUAUCUGCAUCUUCUUAAAGCAGCAGCACAGGCACUCAGCGCUAUAGGACCAAUGGCCAUGUUUUACUUGGCUGCAGCUGUGUCAGAUUUCUAUAUCCCAGCAUCUGAGAUGCCCGAACACAAAAUCCAGUCUUCUAAUGGACCUCUUCAACUCAGUUUGAACAUGGUACCUAAGAUACUGUCCCCGCUAGUGAAAGACUGGGCCCCUCAGGCUUUUGUCAUUUCUUUUAAGCUGGAGACAGAUGCAUCCAUCCUGCUGGACAAGGCUCGCCGGGCUCUGGCCACCUACAGGCAUCAGGCGGUGGUGGCCAACGUGCUGGACUCCAGACGGGGCUAUGUGGUGGUGGUGACCCCCGAGACCCAGGCUGAGCUGAUCAUCUCAGAGGAGGAUGCCAAGAAUGAGGUGGAGAUAGAGGAGAGGAUAGUGAGCAACCUGACGUCAGCGCACGACAAGUUCCUCACUCAACAAGGGGGCUGACAGAAAUCACCCAUACUGCACACCUGAGUCAUGAGUUGUUGUCUGUGCGCUCACUCGUUCCUGAGCUCGGCUUGAAUAAAUACUUUAAAUCAUAUUGAUAAUAUAACCUUGGUAAUAACUUUAAAACACAUCCUGCCUUCCCAUGACCUUUCUAAUGUACAUCAUCCAAGCUUUGAUGACUGUUUCUGUACAAUGACAAAACACAAGUUAAUGAAAGUUUAUUAAAUGUUUAUUCACAUUGUGCAAUGAACUAGAAACAAAGUAAUGUUAUUGCCUUUUCUACACAAGGGACUGACGGUUGAAUAAUUCAGUGACAUGCUUUACUACAAAUCUAUAAUAAAAAUCAACAAGUUUAA